AUGGCCCAGCUACCGCUAGACAAGACAUUCCUACUUGCGGCGUGGUUAGAGUCUCUUGCUUAUGGAUUCUUCCUUUGCCUAUUUUGUGGCACAAUGCUGUUCACCUUCGGUAGUGGACAUCGAAGCGACGUCCAUAGCCGGGUCAUGGUCGGCAUCUCCUGCGUUAUGUUCUUCAUAUCAACAUGGCACCUAGCAAUGAAUGGCUAUCGUCUCCUCCAAGGAUUUGCUGUACACGUCGGCGAUCGAGGCGGUGCCGUUGGGUAUAUUGGUAAUCUGAGGAGGUGGGAUCAUGUUCUGAAAGACACUCUCUACGCGACCCAAGAAAUCUUGGGUAAUGCAGCCGGAAUAUACAGAUGCUUCAUCUUGUGGAAUAGCGACUGGCGGGUCAUCGUGCUCCCGCUCAUGCUUAUGGUCGGCAGUUUAGUAUCCGGGUAUACGGUCUGCGCGCUGUUUGUUCAAGUCGAUCCAACCCAGUCCGUGUUUACCAACCGGCUGAACUCGUGGAUUCAAGCAUUCUAUUCUAUCGCCGUCGUCCAGAACGUGAUCACGACGGGUCUCAUGGCGUUCCGCAUCUGGCGAACAUCAACCAAGUCUGCGAAAUAUAAGACGGAAAACGCACUACUCCCGAUUGUUCGCAUCCUGAUCGAAUCGGCGGCUCUCCAGCUUAUUGUCGAGAUUUUACUACUUGCGCUUUACUCGCGCAGCGUCAAUGCCCAAUACAUAUUACUGGAGCUUGUCACGCCCACGGUGGGUAUUACCUUCAACGCCAUCACCAUUAGGAUAAAGCUUCGUGCGAUCAACAACAGCGCCGUCACAUCGGAAUACUCGAGGUCAGAGCCAGUGCAAACUAUUGGAAGUAUGCCCAUGCGACGCAUCAAGGUAGACAUUACGACGCAAGUUGAAGACGAUACCGAUGGAAAAGAAAGUUCGAAUUCCAAGCUUUCUCGCGCUUAA